CAUCAGCUCCUCGCCCAGCCCACCAAACCAGCCCCGGCGCCACCGUCCCCCCGACCAGCGAAACCGCCUCCCUCCCUUUCGCCGCCUCGCUGCCCACGCCGCUGCUCCGCUCGGUCCUCCCUCCGAGUCCUCUUCCCUCGCCGCCUCCUGGCAGCAGGCGUGAUGGUAGAGGAGAAGAGGGAGAGGGCGGAGGAGGCGUCCGAGAGCCCGCAGAAGUCCCCGCGCCUGGACCCGCUGGCUGCGGCUGGUCCUGGAUGCAGCGGCGUGUCUGCGUCUCCGACGGGGUGGAGCGAGUGGCCAUCAUCCGAGGAAGCGGAGGCGGCAACCAGCAGCGACAGUACCGUCAACAGUAUGGACGACAGCGGGCGGUGCGACCACAUACUUUUCGAUCUGGAUAUGGUGGUACGUGAUCUCAAGGUCGCAAACAAGGUCCUCAAGGAGCCUCGGAAGUGCCGGCGUCGUAGUUGCAAGACGACCUGGAAGGGAGCCAGUGAGGACGACCAAGGGAUGAUGAAGUGCAUAGACUGCGCCUAUUUUUUCUGCUCUGGGUGGCCGGUGGACAUAGAAAAUCCGCAGGGACACGCCCGCUGGCAUGCCGGCGAGCACCAGCAUUGGGUUGCUCAGUGGUGCGAUGAACCGAAUUUGGGAUACUGCUUCUUGUGUGCACGCCCUAUGAGGCUCAGUGACUGGAGCGAAGAUGACUAUGCAGUGGCGGCCAGAAACGAAAAGGAUCAGCAAAUGCCGGGGGAUAGCAUUGCAAAGGAUGGCUGGGGAACAAUGGCCAGCGUUGCAAAGGAAGGGUGCGAGACGGGGUCUGCUGAGAACCCGCAGAAACCCCCGCCCAUGGACCUUCUGUUGCUCGCGUCUGCGGCUGAGAACACUCAGAAAUACCCGCACCUGGACCUGCCUGUGUCUAAGGCGCCGGUGUUGUUGAGCGAGUCGCCAUCGACGGGGGAAGCGGAGGAGACCAGCGACUGCACAUACGACAUUGGGUCAUGCGAGCACUUGUUCAAGGACAGGGAGGAGCUGGAUGAUAUGGUGCGUGAUAUCAAGACCGCCGAGAAACCCCCAGAGUGCGAGCAUUUCCCAUGCAUGACCACCUGCACCUGGAGGGGAGCUGCUGCUGGGUUGAUGGUGUGCACGGAGUGCACCUCUACUUUCUGCACCGGGGAGAAUGGGGACAUGGAAAAUCCGCAGGGACACGCCCGCUGGCACGCCACCAGGGACUACCAUUGGGUUGCUCUGUGGUACAAUGAACCGUAUAAGGGCUACUGCUUCGAGUGUGGGCACGUUCUGAAGCUCGGCCAGGACAAGCUGAGCAAUGAUGAGUGGGCAACUGUGGCCAGAAAUAAAAGGGAUGAGCGGGCAAUGUCGGCCAGCAAUGGAUGGGAUGAGUGGGGAAAUGUGGCCGAGAGUUAUACAAAGGAUCUGUGGGCAAUAGUGACCGGGGAUGAUGCGUCUGGGUAUGCUAAUGGAAAUGGCUGUGUUAUCAGAGGGUUGCCAAAUCUUGGAAACACAUGCUACAUGAAUGCACUGCUGCAGUGCCUCCUUGCGCUCGGUGAGCUGAGGACAACAAUUUUAGGACUGGGUGCUCGGCUGGGGAGAAUUGGUCUGCACCUGAAGCAAUUGUUUGUGGAGACAAGCAGCACAAAUGAUGCCAGACGCCCGCUGGAUCCAGAGAUGCUAUUGAAAGAUAUGCGGGUGUUUAAUCCGCAGUUCAAGGGCUCUCUUAUGCAGGAUAGCCAAGAGUUUCUUACAUCUUUGCGCAGUGCUUUGGAAGAGGAGACAAAGGAACUAAACAAAUUGCAUGGGGGUGCAGAGUUUCAUACAAUUGGCAAUUCCAUUUUCAGGGGCUGGUUGCGUCAGACCUUAUACUGCAUAAGUUGCCCAACUAAAUCAGUUUUGGAUCUGCAAUUCGAUGAGCUCCAACUGGCGCUGCCAUCAAAGGAUUGUCCAGCCAGAAGUGUUACGUUACCACCAAUGACCAGAAGCCGUGGAUCUCCGACGAAGACUCGUAAGGAACUAUUCGAACAAACCGACAAGACUGAUGGAGAAAAGAUUCAUACAAUUUCUGAAGGCGGCGAUUCUCAGUUUCCUGGUUCAGAAUUUGGAGAUAAGGCCAUGGAGAAAACACCCAAGCCUUUGAAAGUUGAUUCUACUGAAGUGGAGGAUGUUGCCCACGGUCGUUUGCAGACUCAGAAAAACAAUGUCCCACGAGAGAUCAUUGAAGUGCCAAUAAAAGUUCUUGAUUUCAUUCCUAACUUGUUUGAUGACACUGAACGGAUGGAUGAAUCAAUAGUAGAUCCUCACAGUCCAGAAGGUACUGGUCCACCUCCACUUGUUGAUAUAGAAGCCGAGGAGAACACUUACUCAGUAGAACUUACUACAGAAGACAAGGGGAGAGCUCAGAGCAGUGAUAUUACUGAUGAUGAGGCAGUACAUAUGAACUCUGCUGCAUCGCUCGAGGAAUGCUUGACACUUCUUUGCUAUUGUCCGAUGGGAUGGAAAUGUGAUAACUGUUCCAAGGUUGUUGAGCUGCCGAGAACAAAUGGAAGUGAAAAUGGUGAACCGAUGAUAGCAAGUACCAAUGUAAAUCGAGCAGUUGAAGGAGACCAGACUGAAUUAUCAGACGGGAAAACAUGCCCAAGUGAACGAUCUAAUGAUUUGAAUAGCUUGUCGGUACAUUGUACUUCUCCAAAUAGACAAACACAUGGUUCAGAUGCACAUCAUCAAGUUAUUCUUUCUGAAGACAGAAUUAGUGAAGAAAUCACUUCAGGGAUGAGCUAUGAUGAAAAGAACUCGGCCUCUUGCAGCACUACCAAUAAAAAAUCUAAAAGUCAUGAAGUUGUUCAGGAAGCUACACCUAGUUCCUUUCCAACUGAUAAACAGACUGACCUGCUGAGUGCCCAGGAUAGUCAGGAUACCAGCGACCAAAAUCAAGGCAGUGGGAAGCAGGUAAAGCUGGAUGAUCAUAGUGCGCAACAAGUGGAAGAAAACCGAAUUGAGCAGAAACAUGAGACUGGUGGUUUUCAAAUACAAUUGAUUGCUAAGCUGCCACCUGUGUUAACCAUUCAACUGAAGAGAUUCACCAAUGCUCUUUCUAAAGAGAGAGGACAUGUGAGCUUUAAGGAGAUUCUUGAUGCAGGACCGUUCAUGGACCCCAGUUCCCAGGACAAAGGUAACUCCAGCUAUCGUCUAGUUGGUGUCAUUGAGCACCGUGGCCACGCCUUGAGUAUAGGGCACUAUGUUGCUUAUGUGAGGGCAGGUCGCAAGCAGCAGAGCAGUGGUUCUUCCUCAUGGGUUUGCGCAAGCGAUCGCGACAUCAAGGAAGUCCCCCUGGAAGAAGUUCUCGGGUGCGAGGCGUACAUGCUUUUCUAUGAGAGGAUGGAUGACCGAGGCAUAUGUGGGAGCCUACCCACCAACUAACCAGACCAGAUGGACAAUGAGAACGGAUGCACAAGUUUGAGAUUAGCAAGCAUGGCAAUUGCCAAGUGUAGAUAGAUACACAGAGUAGUCAUCACGUCCAAUUUUGUUGCCUUGGCUGAGUCAUUGCAAUACAACAUACAACACAAUAAGGGUCGCGUGAAUGGCGUCUCCUUGCGUGUUUCACCUUGUCA